ACGGAUUGUAUGUUUGUGUUUUGGAGUGGUGUAAGGGUUUGUUGACUUGUUGUCUUGCCGAGAAAAACGCGUGGGGAAAGUUGUGUAUGAUCUACAUAAAUAAAACAAAUUUACAGGCAUGUUUGGUGUAAUAGUUUCUGGAAGACUGGUGCAAACAGAUUUUCAACAGUGUGACCAAACAAAAUUUGCAACAACUAUUACAGAUGCAGAUUCAAUCAAUCAUGUUGUGGUUUUUCUAACAGGAGUCCAAUCCUUUCCACCAGGAACUGGUGGUUUAGUCUAUUUCAGCUGGCCAGAACCAAAUGCACCUCCUACAUGGCACUUACUUGGGUAUAUAGCAAAUGAGAAACCUUCUGCUAUUUUCAAGAUAUCUGGAUUGAAGAAAACUGUUCCCCAUAGUGAACUGACACCAUUUGCAUUUGGACAGCAAAUGAUGUCACACAGUGCACAAAUUGGAAUAUCGGUGGAACCUCUUUCAAAUGUUCAUCAGCAGGCGGCUCUCAUCACCAAUCAGGCAGCAUCGUCCUUUUUGGAAUUUGGUCAGAAAAUGAUCCAGAACUUCAUAAACUUCACAUCUAGUUUUGCUGUAACAGCCCAGCAGAUUAACCCUGUGUUAAAUGAGACAUAUGUGCCUUUAUCUACUUUGCAAACCUGGUAUACCAACUUCGAACGCCGAUUGCAACAGAAUCCAUAUUUUUGGAGAUGAAGUGACAUGUCUUUAGGCUUGGCUACAUUGUUUGACCUUAGAUGUAAUUUGUAUGCCACAAAAUUUGAAACAUGAAUUUAAUUUCAGGAUAAAAUGGAGGUGACAGAAUUGGUACUAUAUUAAUUCCUUCAAAUGUCACCUUUUCUGUAGUAUGAAAUUUAAAUAACAAUAAAUUGAAAUAUUUAAGUGUGUGUUUUAUAAAAUUGGAUUGUUGGAAGGUACUUUAAUGUGGGCAACAUACUGUGUUGUAGUUUCUGGCAUUAUUGAAUAAAUAGUGUGUUACUAUUUAUUCAUAUAUUUUUUUGCACUAUCAGAGAGAAGUGCAGAGAGCAGAAGGUAUUAGUCGUGCCCAGCACAAAAAAAAAAAAAAAAAAAAAAUAUUGUAGUGAAAGGACCAAG